CGGCGGCACAGGGCCGGGCCAGGCUCUCUCCGCCUUCCUAGGGCGUCCCUUGGGAGGGGCCCGAUCCGUGCUGGGCACACCUGGCUCAUUCCAGGUUUGGAAGGGGAGCGGAGCGGAGCCGCGGGCAGGAUCCCGUGGAAGCACACGCUCAUGGCACCCCCGGCAUCGCGGCGCACAGGACCCAGAGCCUUGGAGUUCCUUCUACUCGCACUUGGGCCAGUGGCAGCUAUGGAAAUUUACACCCCUGGGGCCCUGGAAGUUCUGAAUGGGACCAACGUGCGCUUGAAGUGCAUCUUCCACAGCCCUUUCCCAGUGGGGCAGAAGCUGACCGUGUCCUGGUACUUCCAGUCCGAGAUGAAGGAGCCCCUGGAGUCGGUGCUCUACUACAAUUACCAGGCUUACCCCUCAGGCCGCUUCCUGGGCAGACUCACCUGGGACGGAGAUGUGCACAAAAGCGACGCUUCCGUUAUGCUCCACAAUGCGAGCCCCAAGGACAAUGGGACCUUCCAGUGCCACGUGAAGAACCCACCCGAUGUGGAUGGCACCAUUGGCGAGAUCCAGCUGAGUGUCGUCUUGAAAGUGAAUUUCUCAGAGGUCCACAUCUUGGUCCUCACCAUUGGCAUCUCCUGUGCUGUGAUGAUCACCAUCCUGGUGGUCGUGGUGAUCUGGCGUCAUUGGCGGAAGAUGCAGCAAGGGAAGAAAAUGGAGGUGGAUGGGUCGGAGCAACUGAGGCUGGAGGGGGGCAGGGAGGAGAAGGAGACCCCCCUGCCUGGACAGGGGGCAGGCCAGUCUUGAUCCACUGCCAUCGAUCUGUGGGAGACAGGGCAUGCUGGAGCUGAGGAGGCAAAUGCGCUUGUGCUCCUUGCCUUGAAGGAGGGACGCAUCCUGCGCCUCAAGGGCCCGCUGGAGAGAAAACCCCACUUUCUACCCACAGGACAAAAAAGGGCUGACCGGCCAGUCUUCUCAUUCUCGAACCAGUGCUGCCCACCCCGCCCCUGCCGAAUCCUUCUAGGGAGAAUCAUCUUUGGCUCACAGGCAGAAGACCUCGGAGCCGUUGGCUGUCUGGUGGUGUCAGUGGGAGAAGCGGGCCUGGUCAAGAUGGCCUCGUCAGGCCAAGCAUGGGGGUUGGGAGGAACAGCUGCGCUGACAGUUCGGCUCUUUGUCCUGGGCCAAAGCCUGGGCACUCCAUGAGGCUGCUCCCUUCACCACUCUCCCUGACACCACUUGGUCCUCUGGGAAAAUCUGGAGGGCAAAUCACUAAAGGGGGGAGCUGCCCCCACUUCUUAGAAAAGGGCCCCCCUCCCACAGCCUCCUCUCCAAGCAGGAUCAAGCACCUGUUCCUACUGCCUGCCCAUGUUUGGAGCAGCAGCAGCCCUGCCUGGCCAGCUAAUUGGCAUUGCUCAGGGCCAGCCUGCAGCUGAUCUCUCAAGCCAGCUUGCUUUCUCCUUCAGGAGGAUUUAGGAGCCCUGGCAAAGAAUCCUUCCAGCCACCAUACCCCUGCCAUGCAACAGCACUGCAGCAGCACUACCUACAACUACCUCUGAAACUUGCCAGCUUCAGAUAUUAGAGAACUGUCCACUGAGCUUCUUAUUGGCCACCCUCUCACAUCCUUAGGUGGCACACUUUCAUAUCCUAAUUUAUUUUAAGAGUCUUGUUAACUUUUUGUAUGCAAAUAGAGUAUUUUGUAAUAAAG